CCGCGCCCGCCGGUCCACCACGGCCCGAGCGACGCCCGCCCCGCUCCCGACACCCUUGUGAUAACCUCAGUGGAACAGUGCUCCUUAACUAUAUCCACACCUUUUCAUGCCUCCUCUCACUUCUUACCCCAGAAUUCUCCAGCGUCUUCCUGUCCAGACCAAUAUUUUCUUAACCCUUUACACCCUAUACCUAUUUACCUACGAGUGUGAAACGCGAUUGACUGAAACUCCUCGCACGAACAUUAUGCCGGUGACAUACAGUGCACAGUGUUGAUCUCCCGCGCCGCCGUGAUGGCGUAGCCCACACAGUGGGCAGUGCUGGUUGGUGCGGACCUGCACAGUGGGCAGUGCUUCGUUUAACCCUGCACAGUGAGCAGCAUGAGCGGGCUGGGCCCAGCCGGCGUGUGGGCAGCGCAGAAGCGGCUGGAGUCGUGGGCGCGUGCGGCCCGGGAGCGCACCAGCAGCGCCUCCAGUGGACAGAGCCACAACUCCACUGACAGCUAUGGUGACGACAAGAGCCAUGGAAGCCCCAGCGAGAUGCUGGUGUCGAAGGAGCUAUGCCGCGUGCAGCCGGCGGGAGUCGCGGGGGUUGCGGGGGGCGCGGGGGCGGAGCGCCUGGGGUCGUCUCCGCACGCUCGCCUUGCCCGCACCCCCUCAAUAUCCUCGCAGAGCAGCCUUGAUAGUGCCACCUCUAGGGCUACUAGCCACCGCGGCUCGUCCCCCGCCAUCCGCACCUUCGCCCCCGACGGACGCACGCUCGAGGCGGGGGGCGCGGCGCCUCGCCUGCCGUCGCCCCUGCGCGCCGCGUCCCUGGACGUGCGGGGCGCGCCGGCGCACGGGUCGCUGGCGUCGCUGGCUGACCCCGCGCCCCCGAGCCCGAGGCAUGGACCGCCGCGGUGCUUGUCGCCGCUGCUGAUGCCGCCCAGACGGAUAGACCGCAGCAACUCCCUCGUCGAAAGCAGCAGCGGCGCGCCUCUCAGCCCCGGGGCAAGUGCGUCCAUCAGCGCACUUGGGGCACUUCAGCCGGACCUGUACACCAAGCGGGAGGCUCCCCUGGUCAUAGCUCUCGAGGGGGCGGGCCCGUCGCUGGGGCGACUGCAUCUGAGGCUCAAGUACGACUUCGACCGGUCGGAUUUGGAGGUGCAUUUGAUUGAAGCGCACGAGCUAGCAGGGUACGAGGCGGGCGGGUUCAACGACCCCUACGUGCGGGUGACCCUUCUCCCAGAAGUGGACGCUCGCGUGCGUCAGACGCCCGUGCACCGCAACCAGCCCAACCCCUUCUUCGACCAGCACUUCAAGUUCCCCGUCUCGCACGACGACUUGGGGGAUAAGACGCUGCUGUUGCAGGUCUUUGAUUAUGACAGAUUCUCACGCAACGAAGUAAUGGGCUCCGCCAAGGUCCCGCUAUCCAAGGUGGAGGUGGCAGGCGGCGCCGAGGUCUGGGCCGAGCUGUCCCGAGAGAAGCGACCCCCGGAGGAGCUGCAGGAAGUGUUGCUGUCUCUCUCUUACCUGCCGUCAGCUGAGCGGCUCACUGUUGUCGUGCUGAAGGCCAGGAAUCUGUUGCCGCCUCAGGAGGGGAAGGAUGCGCUAGACGUAUACGUGAAGGUGUACCUGCUAGUGAACGGCAAGCGCGUGAAGAAGAAGAAGACGAACCGCAAGGACAUCAACAACCCCGUGUGGAACGAAGCGCUUUCGUUCAGCCUGCCCUCCGCGAGCCUGCAGGACGCUUCCAUUGAGGUGUGCGUGGUGACUGGUGGCGGGAACGCGCUGGUGGUGGGGUGGUGUUGCGUGGGGGCGCGCGAGCCCGCCAACGAGGGCCGCCACUGGGCGCAGAUGGCACACGAGACGCGCAAGGCAGUCGCUAUGUGGCACACCCUGAGAUAAAUUCACCAUCACAAACCCACACCUCCUGUAUGUCUAGUACAGGUUUCGCAAUUUACGUGAACGAAAAAAAGUUUACGUUUUCUUCUGCCUUCUGCAUACAUUAUCAAAAGUUUCACGAUGGUUUCCCCUAAAGGCGCCACUUUUUAUGCGAGAAAACGUAAACUUUUAUAGUUUUCUGCAAACAAUCAAACCUGUACUAGGUCUACAGGAAUACCCCAUUGCCCCAUUCAAAGUUUCACUUAUAAUAUUCUAAUCGGGUAAAAAGCUGUGUCUUAUGUGUUUAUAUUUUGUACUAAAGUAUUAUAUCACUUCGGUUAUACAAAGUCGGCUCUUAUUGUGUUUAUAUUUUGUACUAUAAAGUAGGUAUAUCUACUGUAGAGAUUAUUGAGAUUUAUGAAUAUGUCUAUGAUUCCGUUCAAUAAAUAAAUACGUCUAUGUAUACAUA